AUAAAUGGACUUUGUCAACCGAAAAAAUUGUUGAAGAUGCAUUAUACGUGUUUGGAAUGAAAUGCUCACAUAAACAUCUCUGUCAUUCUUUUUUAAUCGACCUGGACGAUAAGAACUAUAUACAGCAAGGCAUUUUCAUACGUGAGGAAUUAGAAGAAAUUAAAAAUUUUAGCAAGAAAGAAUUACCAUUAGUACCGGAUGAUCUUUUGAAGUAUCUUAAUAGUUUCCAAAAAUCCAAUACUUCUGACCUGCGAGAAUUGAUCUUUCGCUCUGAUUUACACGAUCAACCAUUCGAUCGAUCAAAAAAUUUCGAUUAUGACUGGAUACGCAAUACUAUAUAUAAUCUCGUGCUUGAAUAUGAAGCGAAUCAUCUCGAAAAGGAUCACCUUGAAACAUGGAUCAUACUACAUAUGUGGUCGUUUAUUGAUAAAGCCUUCUUAGAUAUAGAGGGUAUAGAAAUUGUUAGAGGUGAAUCAUGUAGCUAUGUAUUAUCAAAUAGAAAAAAUUCACAAUGGGUGGUUGUAUCAACAGAUUCGAUGAAAAGAAAGGCAAUGGGUUGGCAUGGAGAUUUAAUAAUCCGGAAAUGGCAUACUGAAUAUGGGUGUAGUGAAGCUGGAAAAAUAUUUGAAGGGAUCAAUGGUACAAAGAUUAUUAAAGAAGGUGGUUUGAAAAUGCCCAAAAUGUUUAGAGAUAUGUUCAUUGAUCUUUGCAAAACUAUAAAAAUGCAGAAGAAUAAAAUUAGAAGGCUGGAAACAGUCGGUUUUAUCAUCUCAGGCUUGAGGAUAUCACUGUUGCGAUUGGAUUUACCAGCAGGGCAUGUCUGUAGAUUGUCACAGACAUGGCUUUUUGAGAUGCCAACUCAAAUCUCUGAAUUCGGUACAAAGGCUCUUCCAACAAUAAGCUUGGCAAUAGUGAAAAAUGUAAUCAAACUAAUAGAGGAAGAGGAUCUGACAGAAGAAGAAUAG